AUGAAAAAUGAUCAUAUAAAUUAUCAACAAAACUUAUCACAGUCACCAAUUUUAAAUUCUAAUAAAAAUCAAACCCAACAAAACCAACAACAACAACAACAACAACAACAACAAAACCCACAACAACAACAACAAUUUCAACAUCAACAAGUACCACAAUUAUCACCACAACAAAUACCAUUUAGUGAACCAUUAAAAAAUAAUUUAACAUUACAACAUCAACAACAACAACAACAACAUCAACAAUUAGCAGGUGGACAACAUGGUAGUUUAUUAAGAAAGAGUUAUUCUAGUCGUUUUCAUGAGAAACCACAAGGUGAACUUACUAAAAUAGCCAACUUUCAAGAUGUUUCACCAGAGGAAAGACCAUCAUUAUUUCUUCUCAAGUUGAAACAAUGUUGUUAUGUGUAUGAUUUCUCGGACAAUACGUAUAUGGUAUCAAAAGGUGUUAAACAAGAGGCACUUUUACAAUGUGUUAAUUUUUUAUCAACAAAUGAUCAACCUCUCCAUGAGAGUAUUUACAAGAUGGUAUUUGAAAUGGUGGCAGUCAAUCUUUUUAGACCACUUCCACCAAGAAUCAAUCCCUAUGGUGUAAUGUAUGAUCCAGAGGAGGAUGAACCCAUUUUAGAGGCAGCAUGGCCACACAUUCAAGUUGUCUACGAAGUAUUAUUAAGAUUUAUAGAUUCACCCACUUUCAAUACACACAUUGCAAAAAACUAUGUCGACGAUCGAUUUGUAUUACAAAUGUUGGAUCUUUUCGAUAGUGAAGAUCCAAGAGAGAGAGAUUACCUCAAGACCACAUUACACAGAAUCUAUGGAAAGUUUUUAGGACUCAGAGGUUUCAUUAGAACCGCAAUUAGAAAUUUGUUUUGUACCUUUGUCUAUGAAUCCCAUCAGCAUAAUGGCAUUUCAGAGAUUUUAGAGGUGUUGGGAAGUAUCAUCAAUGGGUUCCUCGUUCCAUUGAAAGAUGAACAUAAACAAUUUCUCAUCAAAGUUUUAAUACCAUUACAUAAACCAAAAUCAUAUUCAGUCUAUUGUUCCCAUUUGGGUUAUUGUAUGUCACAAUUCAUCGAGAAGGAACCAUCAUUGGCUGAACCAAUCUUUAAAUCAAUUCUUAGACUUUGGCCAUGUGGUAAUAGUCAAAAGGAGGUUUUAUUCCUCUCUGAGAUGGAGGAUCUAUUGGGAUUGGUAAGUGAUGAACAAUUUGCUAAAUUUAGAAAUCAAUUCUUCCGUCAAAUGACAAAAUGUUUCCAAAGUGAACACUUUCAAGUUGCUGAAAGAGCUCUCUAUCUCUUUAGUAAUGAAAAUAUAGUUUUAUUAAUAGCUUCAAAAAAUAAUUUCACUUUAGCUUUGGAAACUUUUUAUAAACCAUUACAUGAAAAUUCAAUUUCGCAUUGGAAUAGAUCAAUUAGAAAUUUAUCAAUUAGUUCAUUAAAAUUAUUUAUGGAAAUUGAUAUGGAUUUAUUUAAUAAAAUUAGUGAAAAAUAUAAAGAAAGUAAAAAGAAACAACAACAAAUACAACAACGUGAAAAAUUCAAACAAAAUGCGCCAGAAACUCAAAAAUCUAAACAAAUUAACCAAAACAACAAUAAUAAUAAUAAUAAUAUCAACAACAACAACAACAACAAUAAUAAUAAUAAUGGUUCAACCGAAACUAAAGCUGAUAAACCAUCAAUGAUAAGAAGAAAAUCAUUAUUACCAGUUGAUCCUUCAACGAUCGCUGCUUUAUCUUCUCAUCGUUCACUUGAAGAUAUUAUGUCAACAAAUAGUAAUAGCGGUAAUGAUGACGAUGAUGAAAAUAAUCAUACCAAUCAUGAUUCUGAAAUUGAAAAUGAAGUUAAAGAAGAUUUUAGGGUACCUGUAAAUAAUCGUUACACCUUUACCUGA